AUGACGCCAGCAAUAAGCUACGUACUAUUUUCGGUCUUGGUGAUUUCACGUCUUCUGGCGACUGUGUCCGGGAACUUCCUUGACCUACUGACCUUUAACAUGAUGUGCAACGAGGACGCCGGUUACACAUUUGUUCGCGGUGACCCCUGGGACUGUAACCGCUACCACAUGUGUAUGGCGGGAAUUCCGUUCCAGGGCCGGUGUGGACCAGGCCAGGUGUUUGACCAGAAGACCCACAGGUGUAGGGCGCCGUCCACUACUGACCAACCACGGUGUGCGCGUGCAGUCACAGACACAAUUGUGAUGAUAUAG